UCUCGAGGUUGCCUCCUCGGGUUGCCCUCCUCCAGGUUGCCCAAGGAGUCAGUGGAUGUGCCCUCCUUGGAGGUGUUCAAGGCCAGCUUGGGUCAGGCCUGGAGCACCUCGGGCUGGUGAGAAGUGUCCCUGCCCUCGGCAGGGGCUGGAGCUGGAUGAGCUUUAAAGGUCCCUUCCCACCUGAACCCUUCCACGACCCUCUGAGUGCUUUGGGCUGGAGCAGACCUUUAAAGCUCAUCCGGUACCACCUCCAGCGCCUUUCCGGGGAACCGAACUUAAAAGAGCUGACAAAGGCUGCGGCUUGCAAGGCCAACUGCUGCUCUGAGCUGAGGCUGGAAGGAGGAGGGAAGGCGGUGGAGGAGUUGGCUGAGAGCACCUCUGGAUGCUGGGGCAGGUUUCUGGAGAAGCAGCCCUCAUGUCCCAGCUGGAUUGCUGAGCCCUUCUGUGGUUCCUGGAGCUGCUGCCCUUGAAAUCAGGAACUGUCUGUAGUGCUUGGUUUGGCAGCCCAGAAACACCCUCCUGGCUGCUGCAUGCAAGUCACUGACGUCCUGGAGACGAUGGGGAUUGGGAAGAACACCACUUCCAAGUCGGUGGAGGCAGGAGGCUCAGCGGAGGGCAAAUACGAGGAGGAGUCCAAGCAUCCAACCUUCUUCACCCUCCCUGUGGUGAUAAAUGGUGGAGCAACCUCCAGUGGUGAUCAGGACACAGAGGACACGGAGCUGAUGGCCAUCUACACCACAGAGAAUGGCAUAGCAGAGAAGAGCUCCCUGGCAGAGACCCUGGACAGCAGUGGCAGUUUGGAUGCCCAGAGAACUGACAUGAUUUACACCAUUGAAGAUGUCCCUCCUUGGUACCUCUGCAUCUUUUUGGGCUUACAGCAUUACCUGACCUGCUUCAGCGGCACCAUCGCGGUGCCCUUCUUGCUGGCCGAUGCCAUGUGUGUUGGGUUUGACCAGUGGGCCACCAGCCAGCUGAUUGGGACCAUUUUCUUCUGCGUGGGCAUCACUACAUUGUUACAAACAACUUUUGGGUGCAGGUUACCCUUGUUCCAAGCGAGUGCUUUUGCCUUCCUAGCACCUGCCAGAGCAAUCCUCUCCCUGGAGAAGUGGAAAUGUAACAGUACAGAUCUAACAGUUACAAACGGAACAGCAGAGCUGCUUCACACUGAGCACAUCUGGUAUCCCAGAAUCCGAGAGAUCCAAGGUGCUAUCAUCAUGUCCUCCCUGAUCGAGGUGGUGAUUGGGCUGCUCGGCCUGCCCGGCGCCCUGCUGCGCUACAUCGGACCCCUCACCAUCACCCCCACCGUGGCCCUCAUCGGCCUCUCAGGCUUCCAGGCUGCUGGAGAGAGAGCAGGCAAACACUGGGGGAUUGCCAUGUUGACUAUUUUCCUGGUCUUGCUGUUCUCCCAGUAUGCCAGGAAUGUCAAAUUCCCCUUACCCAUUUACAAGUCCAAGAAAGGAUGGACAGCAUACAGGCUGCAGCUCUUCAAGAUGUUCCCUAUCAUUUUGGCUAUCUUGGUCUCCUGGCUGCUGUGCUUCAUCUUCACGGUGACAGACGUCUUCCCCCCCGACAGCUCCAAGUACGGCUUCUACGCCCGCACCGACGCGCGCCGAGGGGUGCUGCUGGUAGCUCCCUGGUUCAAGGUUCCCUAUCCCUUUCAGUGGGGGCUGCCAACCAUCUCAGCCGCGGGGGUGAUCGGAAUGCUCAGCGCCGUCGUCGCCAGCAUCAUCGAGUCCAUAGGAGAUUACUAUGCCUGUGCCAGGCUGUCCUGUGCUCCCCCUCCACCCAUCCACGCAAUAAACAGAGGGAUUUUCAUUGAGGGUCUCUCCUGUGUCCUGGAUGGAGUAUUUGGGACAGGGAAUGGAUCCACUUCUUCCAGCCCUAACAUUGGUGUCUUGGGAAUCACAAAGGUGGGGAGCCGCAGAGUCAUCCAGUAUGGGGCAGCCUUCAUGCUGCUGCUGGGCAUGGUUGGCAAGUUCAGUGCCCUCUUCGCCUCGCUGCCCGACCCCGUGCUCGGUGCCCUCUUCUGCACCCUCUUUGGGAUGAUCACAGCUGUGGGUCUGUCCAACCUCCAGUUCAUAGACUUAAAUUCCUCUCGGAACCUCUUUGUGCUUGGAUUUUCCAUCUUCUUUGGACUUGUCCUUCCAAGCUAUCUCAGACAAAAUCCACUGGUCACAGGAAUCACAGGCAUCGAUCAGGUGCUGAACGUCCUGCUCACCACUGCCAUGUUCGUGGGGGGCUGCGUUGCCUUCAUUUUGGAUAACACCAUCCCAGGAAGCCCUGAAGAAAGGGGCAUAAGGAAAUGGAAGAAGGGAGUUGGCAAAGGCAGCAAGUCACUGGAUGGGAUGGAAACCUAUGACCUGCCUUUUGGCAUGAACCUCAUUAAAAAGUACAGAUGCUUCAGCUUCCUGCCCAUCAGCCCAACCUUCCUGGGUUACACAUGGAAAGGCUUCAGGAAAAGCAGCAGCUGCAGGAAUUCAGAUGAAGAUUCAGAAGCUACAGUAUAGCCUUAGCUGAAAUUCUAUUCUCUAGUGGUAGGCAAAAAGAUGUAUUUGCAGUUUCUUGCUGAUUGAGAAGCAUUGGGAAAACACAAACACACACAAAAAAAAUCUAUGUUUUGUAUAUCUGCAUUGAAAUUCUGGAAGCAGAGCUGAGACAGAGGUAAGGAAAAAGGGAAAAGAGGAAACCAGGAGGGAAAAAAAAGGAGUCAAAGAAAAGAAAAAGCUCCAAAGCUUUCCUGCUGUGGGUGGUGGAGGCAGAUCCUGCUGUGUCUAGGGGUAAAUUCCAGCCUUGAAGGCCUCUACAGCUUGUUUGGACAACCUCUGCCAGUGUUUCCCUACCUUCACUGUCAAAAAUUCCUUCCUAAUGCCCAGUUUUAAUCCAGCUUCUUCCAAGGUGGAUUGAGGAUGGAGAUUGGGGCUGAAAUUGAUGAGAGUGAGGGUUGGGAGACACUGGCAUAGGUUGCCCAGGGAGGUUGUGGAGCACAGAAUCACCCAAUGUG